AUGGACGCUUUAACAAGUACCCCUCCCCCAAUAUCAUCAACAAUCAUGAAUGGUGAUAAACUUUCAGGACAAUUAAUUAUUAAAGCUCAAUUAGGUGAUGAUAUUCGUAAAAUGAUGAUACAUAAUGAAGAUUUAACAUUAAACGAACUCGUCCUUAUGAUGGAACGUGUAUUUUCUGGUAAAAUUUCAAAUUCCGAUGAAAUAACUAUAAAAUAUGUAGAUGACGAUGAUGAUAAAAUAACUUUAUUAAAUGAUAGUGAUUUAACUGUUGCAUUACAUUUUCAUAAUAUUCUUCGUUUAUUUGUAUUUGUUAAUGGUAACGAACAAACAAAUACGAAUUCAACAGAUAAUCUUACUAAAGAGGAUAGUUUAAUUGAUGCUAAAACAUUUCGUAAUGAAUUACAACAAAUUCGCAAUUCAGUACAAACAAUUCUCGAUCGACUUCAAUUAUCACCAAAUGAAGUUUCAUCACCACCAACGACAACAGCUCCUACAUCAACUGUUGUUCCAAGUACAACACGUGAAUUUGAUCCAUGUAAAAGUUUACAACAACAACAACAACAACAACAACGUUCAGCUACUCCAGAUAGUACAUCAUCAUAUGGAAAUCGUCUAGGUAAUAACGAACAUGCAACAGCACCAACAGUUGAUACGCAAAAAGUCGAAUCAACGAACACAAACCAAAUACCAUUCUCUACAUUUCCUCAGACACAAAUGCCAACACCACAUUUUAUGCCAACAGGUUUCAAUAAUGAACAACAAGCAAAACCAAAUAUGUUUGGUCCUCCACCAACAACAUAUUCUGGUAUGCCACCUUUACCUAACAAUCCCCCUCCUCAAUACCCUCCUUCUGCUACUACUUCGAAUACCAAUACACCGCCAACAUUAAAUCCUUCUUCUACUCCACCACCUUCAUCUGCUGGUCAAUCAUCUGGAUUUAUGGGUCAACAAGCAUCACCUCUUUCACAGCAAGGAGGGUUUUAUGGUCAGCAACAAGCUUUAUUUCAACAAAGACCACCUCUUGGAAAUUUUAAUGCUAAUAAUACAUUUGCUUCGCCACAAACAACACAAUUACCAUCAAACUCACAGCCAGCAACAAUUAAUCCAUCAUUUAUGCAGCCACCACCGUCAAACUCACAGCAAGCAACAAUGAAUCCAUCAUUUAUGCAGCCACCACCAUCAAACUCACAGCCAGCAACAAUGAAUCCAUCAUUUAUGCAGCCACCACCAUCAAAUUCACAACCAGCAACAAUCAAUCCAUCAUUUGUUCAACCACCACCAAUGACUGCUCAACAACCUUAUGGAACUUAUCCUCCACCAAAUUCAUAUUAUAAUCCAAUGCAACAAUAUCCUAAUACAUCAUAA